GGACGGGGCUGACGUCAGGAGGAGACGGGGAAAUCUCCGAAGAAAAGCCCGGAGAGGCGGGCAGGGCGCGCACAGCGCCCGCCGGGCCCGGCCCCCCGCCGCCGCCGAGCGCGCCGCCCGGCAGCCCGGCGCCCCUGCCAUGGAUUCCUUUAAAGGUGGAAUGAAUUUGGAGAGACUGCCCGAGAGCUUGAGACCCCAACCCUCCCAUGACAUGGCUUCCAGCUUCCAUUUGCAAAGAUCCUCGGAGCCCAGAGACCCGAUCGAGAACUCAGCCAGUGAAUCCUCCGACACGGAGGUGCCAGAAAAAGAACGAAGCGGCGAGCAGAAAAACGAGGACGGGGCCGCCGACGACCCGGCGAAGAAGAAGAAGCAGCGGCGGCAGCGGACCCACUUCACCAGCCAGCAGCUGCAGGAGCUGGAGGCCACCUUCCAGCGGAACCGCUACCCCGACAUGAGCAUGCGGGAGGAGAUCGCCGUCUGGACGAACCUCACCGAGCCCCGAGUCCGGGUGUGGUUCAAGAACCGCCGAGCCAAGUGGAGAAAGCGGGAGCGGAACCAGCAGAUGGACCUGUGCAAGAACGGCUACGUGCCGCAGUUCAGCGGGCUCAUGCAGCCCUACGACGACAUGUACGCCGGCUACCCCUACAACAACUGGGCCACCAAGAGCCUCACCCCGGCGCCUCUCUCCACCAAGAGCUUCACCUUCUUCAACUCCAUGAGCCCCCUGUCGUCGCAGUCCAUGUUCUCGGCUCCCAGCAGCAUCUCCUCCAUGAACAUGCCGUCCAGUAUGGGCCACUCGGCCGUGCCGGGCAUGGCCAACUCCGGCCUCAACAACAUCAACAACAUCAGCGGCUCCUCGCUCAACUCGGCCAUGUCCUCGCCGGCCUGUCCCUACGGGCCGCCGGGCUCGCCCUACAGCGUCUACCGGGACACUUGCAACUCCAGCUUAGCCAGCCUCAGACUGAAAUCAAAGCAGCACUCCAGUUUCGGCUACAGCAGUUUGCAAAGCCCCGGCUCUAGUCUAAACGCCUGUCAGUACAACAGUUGACGGACUUGACACAAACCACCUCCGACAAACACCGCCGACAAAGCAAAGCAGAAACUAAGCGACGUUUAACGGAAAAGAAAAAAAAAAAAUAAAAUAAAAUAAGAACCCGAUGAUGACUAAAAGCAAAACCCGAGCAAGUGAGAGAGGAGAAAAAAAAAAGUAAAAAAAAAAAAAAAGAAAAAAAAAUAUAUAAAACCCGAAAUCUCCGCGGACUUCGAUUGUCUAAAAAAAUACUAAUGAAAACCGACGACACUACCAACAAAGCAGCGCUUUUUAAAACAAAACAAAAAAAACUAAAAAUUAAACAUCAAAAAAAAAAACGUAAACGGACCAGAAAACUUUUGCAAGAGACAUCGAAAUCUGGUACAUGGAUGAGUUGCAAUUUUUCUCUGGAUUAUGCGGGUUGUAUGUGUUUACUUGAACUUGCACAGGAGUUUGUAAGGCGGCCGCUUCCCCGCGGGGAGAGCGGCGAGGGAGGGAGACGCCUCGGUGGUAAGAGCUGGUGGGACGGUUCUUGGCCGCUUGUCGCACGGGAAGAGUUUGGUUAAUGUUUACCACUGAGAAACAGAAUCACACUCAAAAACGACAAAAAAAAAGGGGGGGGGGAGAAAAAAAAUAUAAUUCGCAGAGGAGUUUCUGCGGGAAAAAAUGGUAAAAAUAUUAGGUAUGAAACUAUUAAAAAUAAUAAUGACAAGGGUCAACCACUUAUAUAAGGUUAUAUUUAUAUCUGCCGUUACAUUGUGCCGGAUCAUUGUCCUUGGCCGUUGAAUAAACUGUUUUUAAAAUGCA